CCGGACGCUUUUCCUUUGUGUUUGUCGCCAGCAUGCUGUCGACAACCAGGUCUGCGGCUUCAAUGGCCCUGCGAGCCAAACCAGCAACUGCGCUGCUGCCAUUCCGCGCUGGAAGUGCUGCGUUCCUUUCCUCGAGCUCUUCGCCCAAAGCUACGACUCUGAAAUCGCCCGCCAUCAUUCCUGGCAAUCCCGGAACGCCGCCACCCAUGAAGCAAGCGCGCCGAGAAGUGCCAUUGCCGAGCCAGGAGGGGAAGAAGGGCGCUGUUCAAUAUGCGCUGACGACGCUCGACCAAAUAGCCAACUGGGCGCGUCAAAGCUCCCUCUGGCCCAUGACCUUCGGUCUCGCAUGCUGCGCUGUCGAGAUGAUGCACUUGUCAACCCCACGAUACGACCAGGAUCGUCUCGGUAUCAUUUUCCGUGCCUCGCCUCGACAGUCGGACGUCAUGAUUGUGGCAGGAACUCUCACAAACAAGAUGGCACCAGCCUUACGACAAGUCUACGAUCAAAUGCCCGACCCGCGAUGGGUCAUCUCCAUGGGCAGCUGCGCGAAUGGAGGUGGAUAUUACCAUUAUAGCUACUCGGUUACAAGAGGCUGCGACAGGAUCGUGCCGGUAGAUAUUUAUGUUCCAGGUUGCCCGCCUACGGCUGAGGCGCUGAUGUACGGCAUCUUCCAGCUACAGAAGAAGAUGAGGCAUACCAAGAUCACAAGAAUGUGGUACAGGAAGUAGACAACUUUUAUUUGGCGAAUCAUAUCAGGUGGUCAUUAUCACUGCGAGCUUCAGAGGACUAGGAUCCUCCUGUAUAAAUCGAAUUUCUACAUGCAAAGUCUACUCCCCACAAGCGUGUGUAGAUGGUGUUAUUAUUCUGCUUGAUCCCCAAGUCCAAACAUCUUCGUGGAGUUAUUCCAUGCG